AUGUGCAGCCUCACCCUCGCCGAGACUAAGACCACCACGGUCCCAGAACUGGACUCGGCUAUCACUCCAGGCAGCAAAAGCACGACCGCGAACACGGAAAAUGCCCUCGCGCGGGCACCACGACACGGGCAGAACGAAAGAUGGCGGAAAUUGUUCCACAACCUGCCAACCGAACUACAUAUGAAUAUCAUAGCGCAGAUGGAUCAGGAUCCCGUUACGCAGGUCUGCUUGGGCCUUACCAGUAGAUACUUCUACGCGGUCUAUCAUAUGGUGAGGGAUGUAUUUCGAACUGAUGGUACGAAGUUCUAUCCGAUUAAGUGGUGGCCACUAGAUUUGCGUAUGCAGAUCUCGGAGUGUAACCAAUACAUGUACCGUGGUUGGUACAACUCCAUCUUCCAUGAAUCUCCUCCCUCCAUCCAAUGGGGCAAGCCCCUUGGUAAGUUACUCGAGGGAGAAAACAUUUGGGGAGAUUUGAAGAACUGCGCAAGUUGCGCAAAGUACAAGCCUGAUGAAGCAUUCACGACCUCCGACUACGAAAAAGCGAUCGCGGCAAAAGAGACCGACUGGAAAGGAAUUGUCGAGAAAAUCUGCGAAGGCAGUGUUGGUAAUGUCUGCAGGAGGUGCAGAGCACAAAUUAUCCUGAUCCAUAUCGAGAAGCGGGAAGAGUGGAGAGAGAACCAGAUUGUAGAAGAAGAAAGAACGAGUCUUGGAUUGAGGAAGUUGGACUGGGAGGCGCUGAUCGUGGACGGAGAUCCAUUGAGAGCAAAGUUGACCUUGCAAGAAUUUCUUGAAGUUGUUGGAGGGUAUGAGACUUGGGAGGAGGUCUUUGAGAAAUUGGGUAUUUGAUUAAGUCGCCAUGUUAGGCCUUUUGUAUCUCUUUGUGUUUCGGGUAGGCUUAUUGAGCGUGUAAAUAAUGCAUGAUGUGCUGCGAAUAAGAGAACGCGAGACUUCUAUGUCGCGAG